AUGGGAAAAUGCUUAAGUUGCUGCAAAGAGGAGCAGAACUGCCAACCAAAACGUCCGGCAGAUCAACUUACUUCAGACCUCCGGCAUCGUGGAGCCUCUUCUGUUAUUCAGCCAACAAAAUUUCUUGAUUUUAAAGCGGCUCAUCCUUCUCUGAUGCUUAAAGGCAGUUCACGUAAAGGAAGUAAAAUUUCCUCAUCUUCAUCAAGCAUGUCUUUUUACUCAGCUUUCCUUGAAAGAAGACAUUCUUUAUUUCCUAAAUUUCGGAAAAGCAGUACGUCCCUUCAUUGUGUACAAAGUAGAGCUAACUUUGAUUCUGAAGAAAAAACAAGCUUCAGUGAUUUAAAGUCGGCCUCAGAACAUUUUCACUUUAGAUCCAGAAGUGUUUUCUCUGCCCCAAAAUUAAGUAUAAUUUCCUGUUAUGAGACUGCUAGUACUUUUGAUGCAAGUCGUUCAUGCAUAUUUAAUCCAAAUGAAGUUGAAAUCAUUUCCAAAAACUCGAAUAUUACUGGUGCUGAAAAAUAUAUACACUCCUAUUCUCCUGAAUAUAACACUACAUAUUUUAUGAGCUCUAAAUCAAAAAGGAAUUCCUCUGCCUGUCCGGACACUGUUGCUACCUUGUGUCAAAGCACAGCAACCGUGCUUACUCCUCCAAGUUUUAUUUCCUGUUCCUCUGAACAACAUGGAAUUGACAAUGAUAAUCAAGAAGGAGACCAGUAUGUUACAGCUAAUACUGACACCGAAGAACAGAGUUUUCCAGUCCCUAAGGCGUUUAACACUCAUGUGGAGGAAUUAAAUUUAGAUGCCCUUAUUCAGAUGGCUGAUAAUUUACGAGUGAAUGAGGGCAAAAAAGUGGAGAGUUUUGAGCUGCUUUGUGACCACAAAGAAAAGUUUAGAGAUGAAAUAGAGUUUAUUUGGCGGUUUGCUCGUGCUUAUGGAGACAUGUAUGAGCUAUCUACAAAUACACAAGAAAAGAAGCAUUAUGCUAAUAUUGGAAAGACAUUAGGUGAAAAAGCUAUUAUGAGAGCACCCAAGAAUGGAUAUUGUCAUCUAUGGUAUGCAGUUUUGUGUGGCUAUGUAUCUGAGUUUGAGGGCUUACAAAACAAAAUUAACUACGGAUAUCGCUUCAAGGAACAUCUAGAUAAAGCAAUCGAAUUUUUACCUGAAGAACCCUUUUUGUAUUACCUCAAGGGAAGAUACUGUUAUUCUGUCUCAAAACUGAGCUGGAUUGAGAGAAAAAUGGCUGCUACUCUGUUUGGAAGUAUACCAUCCUCAACUGUACAAGAAGCUUUGCAAAAUUUCCUUAAGGUUGAAGAACUACAGCCUGGGUUUUCUAAGUCCAAUUACAUGUUCAUGGCCAAGUGUUAUGUCGAUCUUAAUCAAAUCGACAAUGCUGUGAAGUUCUGUAAUUUGGCGAUGUUGCUUCCGUGUAUUACCAAAGAGGAUGAAGAUGCUCAGAAAGAGGUGAAAAAAAUAAGCACUUCCUUGAAGAGGUAAAUAAAAGAACUUGCUCUUCAACAAAUCAGAUGUGGUCUACUAACAAUCUAGUCAAAGUUGUGUUUUUUUUAUUAUCCUGUUUUCCUUUUUGAUGUAAGGGCAGUGUGCUCAGAUCUGAAGGUAAAACCAUGUUUCUGCAGGAUGCAUUCCGCUGGUAGCACUACAAAACUAAUUAUGUUAUUUGGAGAAAUCUAUUUCCUAUAA